AUGGAUGAGUACAGUCUUUCAGCAAUGCUAGAAUCCUUAGGCGAAUUGAAAUCCAGUUUUUCUGCCGCACACACAAGCCUAGAGGAGUUGGACUUCGACUCCAUUGCCAGCGACCUGCCAAGUAACUUCGAUGCUGCUCUAAUCAACCUUAGAGCUACACUGCAACGCGAGAUUGGUAAACGUAGUGCCUCGCAACAUUACUCCACGCUCAGAAUGAACUCCAGUGAGACCCAAUCAAUCAUUGUGAACGCUAAUAGCUCACGCUUGCCAUUGCUGACACUGCCUAAAUUCAGUGGCGCCUACACCGAGUGGACAAAUUUCUAUUCAAUGUUCACGUCAAUAAUCGACAAGGACAGCGACCUCACCAACAUCGACAAAUUGCAGCAUCUUCGUUCCUGUCUGAGCGGCGCUGCCCUUGACACCGUGCGCUCGCUGGAAAUAAACGACGCUAAUUAUAACACUGCAUUAGAUCUUUUACAAAAGCGCUUCGAUAACAAACAUCUUAUAUUUCAGGCACACGUCAGGGAGAUAUUUGGGCUAGAGAGGGCAGAUUCAAACGUAACCAAGCAACGAGAGCUGACAGAUGAGGUCACAGCACACAUACGCGCAUUGCAGUCGCUCGCAUCCAAUGGGAAGAUCGCAGAUGGCAUCAUCGUACAAUUGGUGAUCCAGAAACUCGACAAAAAGACGCAAGCUAAAUGGGAGGAGAGUUCAUCGAUCAGCGAACUGCCAUCCUGGGAUUAA